GAGAGGCACCCGUGCUCCCACGGAGAGGCUGCGAGGGAGACAGCGAGGUGCUGUGUCUAUGACAGUGCAGAGUGGAGACUUUGCUGGACAGAGCAAGCAGCCAGGUGCCCAUCAGCUCUUCUGCACUUGUGUUGUCUCCUGACUCAUCUGUCUGCUCCUGAAAAUGGAGUAUGUCUGGUACUGGCUCGAUGAUUCCAAGCAGUGGAUUGAGUAUGGGAAAGAGCACCCAGGUCAUGUCACUGCCACUGUAACAUCUGCAUUUUUGGAGAAUGAAUAUCAAGCUGACAAGAAUGGUGUUAUUUUUUUCAGGGCUGGUUCUCAGCAGUAUAAGUUAGACUUUGCAGACAUGGUCCAAACAAAUGUGCUCUUUAAAACUAAAAGAAGUGUUAUUCGACUGCCUAACGCUGAAGAUGGACAAGAUGGAAGCCAAAACAUGACUCUAUCACAUCCUGUCUAUCCUCCACAGUGGGACCAAACUGCACUGCCUGAUAUUGGGUACAAGUUGAUACAGCUCAGCAAUGAUUCCCAAGAAUAUACAAAAAUCAAGAGGCUGUUUGAGAAGACAAUGAAAAAUUACUGCAUCAAACAACUGCAGAGGAUUCAGAACCCAACACUUUGGGACAUUUUUCAGUGGCAAAAAGAAAAGAUGAAGAAGCUCCAUCAAUCGAAAGGAGUGAAGGAGAGGCUCCUAUUCCAUGGCACAAGUCCAUCCCAUGUGUCUGCCAUCUGUGAGCAGAACUUUGACUGGAGACUCUGUGGGACUCAUGGGACAAUGUAUGGAAAAGGAAGCUACUUUGCCAGAGAUGCCAGCUAUUCCCAUGAGUACUGCUCCUCGCUCGGUGGGCGCUACAGCAUGUUCGUAGCUCAGGUUCUUGCUGGAGACUUUGUGCGGGGGAACCCUGAGUACUGCCGCCCUCCACCCAGAGACAAAAAUUCAAACAGACUUUAUGACAGCUGCGUGGAUGACCCAACAGACCCUUCCAUCUUUGUCAUCUUUGAGAAGCAACAAAUUUACCCUGCCUAUAUUUUGGAAUACAGCCUUGAGACCAGCUGUGUGGUCCUGUAAUGAAUGGUGGAAUGUCUUUUGAAUUCACACUGAAUAAAUUACUCUUCAGUACUUUUUUUUAAAAUGUUUGUUCAAUUUUAGUUGUAGCUU